AUGUCCAAAAGAGCAUCAUCUGAACUUAAUAAUACCAGCCAGAGCAAGAAAUCUAAAGAUGUAAGUAGCACGUAUUUUCAUGUGUCUUUACGAGAAAGCGGGCUUAUUCUGAAACAUCCUCCGGAAAAAUGCACAACUUCCUUUGAGACUAUUCAAAUUAUCCGUAAUCUAAAAAAAAACCUUGAAAAGCAUUUUGAUUACCCAAGAAAUUUGAUUGACCUGUUUAUGAAUUUAGAGGAUGAGUGUAAAGAUUUGGAAAUAUUCAAACAUUACCUGUUCCCUAAUAUUAUGAGGAUCGGUGGAGAUAGUGGUGAAGAGUACCUUGUAAACGACAGUGUCAUUAAGAUACUACUUAGUGUUCCAGUCAUUCAGAAUAAAAUAACUGAAUACAUAUUUGAAAAGGCAAUUGAUUUGGCUGCUGAAUCUAAGUGUGGACCCUGGAUACGGAUGAUACUUAAAUGCUUUUCCUCUUUGGAUAGUAUUGUGACUACGGAUAAGAUAUCCACAAAUCUAAUAAACCUCUUAGAUGUUGCUUCAGAGAAAAUGGUCAAACUGGAGAUAAUAACUGCUAUACCUGAUAUAAUUGGAGAUCAAGAGCAUGACAACAUUGCUACCGAAAUGAGCAGAAUUUUAAGUGAAGAUCGGGAUCUGAUCCCUGCUAUUUUAGAUUGCCUUUCCUACUUAUGUUUAUCUGAUGACCAGUAUGCCAAAUUACAGACAAAAUCACUAAAUCUUUUAUCAAGUCUCUCCAGAUGUAGUAAUUUUCCUAAUUAUGUUAAAUUCCUGUUAAUGCCUGGGAGAAUGAGUGAUGCCUCUUAUUUGGAAACAGUACAAGGCUUGAGAAAUGCUCUAGGAUGGACUAUUUCUAUGAAUCAUGAGGAGAGAACUACAAGCCAGAUACUCACUGCUACAGCUAUAAGGAAUUCUAUGAUUUCAUCCAAAGUUAUUAGCAAUUCAUGGUUAAAAGCAAUAUCUCUAUGUAAAGAGUCUGCAUCCUACAAGCCCAUUGAUCUUAUUGUUCUAUUUAUUGCAUAUUCAACAACAGAAGAGAAAAAAAAACAAGUAGAAAACUUAAUUAGAAAACAGGUCAAAUUAAAUAUUCUCAAAAUAGAGUUAUUGGACAAGGUGUUCAUUCAUUUCCAGCCAAUAUUAAGAGAAUAUUUGAAACAUGUAAUUGAUCUUUCAAAUUCACUGUUAAAGACAAAUACUGAUCCAGAUAGCAGCCUGGAUAUAUUCACUGGCCGUAUAUAUACACACUUAUUAAAAUAUUUAGAUGACUGUCGUGACAUAACUAUUGCAGGACUACUACAGUUAGGGCUUGACUCUAAGCAUUGUGUUAUGAAGAUCAUAGUUAUUUUGAAUGAUACCUUUGACCAUGAAUUUGCUCUUUUGAAAUCACAAAGUGUUCAAAUGCUGACACUACUAGACAGACUAGAUACUAUGUCUCUGGAUGAAGUAAGAGGUGUGAUGAAUGUGCUAUGCGCAUUAGCCUAUUCCUUUAGGGAAUCAGUAAUAAGAGAUGAUCUCCAUAUGAUAAUUAGAAAAGAAUUAGGAUCUUCUAAUCCAAGAGUAAAAGUUCAGGGCAUUCUGGCGGGAGUCUACGCCGUUAGGUACCUACUGUAUGAAGACACAAGUACCGUCAUUGGAUAUGACAGGCAAGGUAAUCAAGUCACCCAUACUGCUGAUCUUGAAAGUAAUGCCCGUGAUACAGCACAAAUAAUAGAACUAUUAAGCCAAAGCACUAGACAAUUCCCAGAUAUGACUGCUUUCUUCUAUGAUGAAUUGUCGAAAGUUGUAUUGCGAGCUUCACUCUCAAAUAAGCAGGCAUUGUUAUGGCUUACUGAUGCUGUAACCAAUGAUUUACAGCAAAAUUUUAUUGUUGACUCAAUAGAAGUUGAUAGAAUUAAUGAUUUAAAGUUAACUAUGCAGUACUGUCUUAAUGCAGAGGGCGAAAUUGAUGAGGUGAUUGCUAUUAACAUUGCUGGCUUAACUUUGGAUUCUAAGGCUGAAGUGUAUAUUGGCAUCUUGUCUCCCCUCUUUCAACUUGUCCAAACAUUGCAUUACAGGCAAUAUGACGGCAAUUUGUCAAGCAUAGAUGCUCUAUUAGGAUGCCCUGUUAUUAUGCCAAAGUUUGACAUAAACUUAAUUGAAGAUAUGGAUUCAGUAGCAAUUACUAAUAUUUUAGAUUGCUUAGUCCAUUGUAUAAAUUGGUUCAUUGAAUUAAUCAAUGCAUUUGCAACCCAAAAUGAUAAAGAAUUGAAUGGAAAGAUAUUAAAAAGGAUAUAUCAAAUUGAAGAGUUGGAAACAACUGUUAAAGAAAUUCUUAUCAGAAGUAAGAUUACUUAUAAACCACCUAUUUGUUCUUUUAAUGUUAACAAAUAUACUGGUGAACAACUUGAGGUGAAACCUAUAAAAGCACAAACUGGUAAACAGAAAGGGUCAACAAAGAAGCCUGGCCAAGAUGAUAGUGUGCUACCACAAACUGCAAGGUCUCAAGCUACACAAAACAAUGCCUCUGUGAAAAAUAGUCUAGAACUAAGUCACAAUAUACCAGUCAGACAGUUGAAUUUGAAUAUAAUCCAUUUAAUCAAAACUGAAAUGACUGAGGAAAAAGCAUCAACAACUGAACUCACAGUAAAAACUCUGACUUUUUUGUUAAAAAGUCUAAACAGUAACAUAGAGAAAGUGCUAUUAUCCAAAAUUAAACGAAAAACAUUUCUAUCGAACCAAAACAGUGUUGCUUAUAACGCUGAGGAAGCUGAAAAAUGCGCGAAGACUGUUAAAGACGUACUACCUCAAAUGGUAGAACAUUUGAAAUUUGUGACUUUAUCUAUGGACAAAUGUAUGGGAACCCAAGAUGAAAAUGAAGUUGCAUACACACUUGAUUUACUUAAUCUAAUCACUUGCUUGGAGUCCAUCUUCAAUUUCUGCACUAUAUUUUUUAAAUGGGUAGGUUUUAAACAAAUUGUUCACAGUCCUUUACUGAAGAGUUCUCUGAAUGUCAUAGCAAACACAACUGAUGAUGCAGCAACUAUAGGAGACCUUCUAAUCACUGUUGCUCAAAAUCUGCUGAAAUAUGAAAAGUAUUGUUUACAAAUCUCUACUGCAAUAUCUCUCAUAGAAUUUUUGAAAAGUAUACAAAUCCAUUCUGAUAGCCGAGUUAUACUUAACAUUUCAAAGAUACUAGCUCAGAAUUUCUUAUCGCGGCAAUGGAAAACUCCUGAAGGAAUAUUAGAAAAGGGAUUACUGUAUAACCAAAGCAUAGAUAUUUUGGCUUCUAUUUACUUUAUAAAUAAAGAAGUAUUAGCACUGAAAAAUUUGAGUUUGCAGUUAACAGAAGACAUAAAAUUGCUUAAAAGUAAUAAAAAUACUUUAAGCACUUUCAAGUGCAUAAACAAAAGCAAUUUUCCCAUAUUUUAUAGAAACCUGGGCUCUGCGCUUCAUGAUGCAACUAAAGCUUGCUUAGAGAAAGGUAUGACUAACUCUGAACAUUUACAUUUGUGGAAAGAAGUAGCUACUAUAAUGAAACAUAUGUCUGACAUUGCAAAAACCCUUGAAAACAGAAAUAAUUUAACUGCGUUCUUUAAGAAAUCGUUACCAGUUCUAAAACUUUUCAUAUCACAAGGAAUUCCUAUUUUGGAAAUUCAGUUUAAAAGCGAAAAUCAAGAAGUUUUGGAAAUUCUUAAAAUUCUCCAGCAGUCCACGAGAUUUUUACAGACAUUAUGUUGCCAUUCAAGACUGAAGAAAGAUACUGUAUUGAUGAGUAAGGUCCCACAUAUGAGGCAACUUCUCGAAACUUUGAUUUAUAAAGUAAAAGCUGUAUUGGCUGCGAAUAAUUGUACCGAGGCAUUUUGGAUGGGAAACCUCAAAAACAAAGAUAUUCAUGGGGAAGUUAUUGCCUCUCAACAAAGUGUUGAAAGCGAAGACUCUGUUGAAGAUUGCGACGAACAGUUGCCUGAAGAUGAAGACAGUGACGACACAGACGAUGAUAUGCUAAAUCCAGAUUCUAGAAGUGUAAGUGACAUUGUAUGA